CCCGGGCUCACAAUGGAAAGUGCUGGGUUCAGCGGCUGUGCCUGGGGCCUGACAGAGGUUUCCAGCUGACUGACCACAUUGCAAUAUGUGAUGACUGCGAGCAUCAGGGCAGACACUGAUGAGCUAGCACUUCCAUUGUGCACCGGCCUGGGGGUCUGUCCUUGCCAGGCUAUAAAGUGGGGGCUUCACUGGACCCCAAAACACACUCCCGCUCAUUCCACCAAGAAGCAGCAGCUGCCCAGCUGACCACAGCCAUGUCGGAGACCAUGAAAACCACUGCUGCCAGCCAGGCUGCUGAUGACAAGGAGAGGGGAGCCCUGGCCCCAGCCCCAUAUCCAGACCACACCCCUGUUUCGAACACUAAGGCUGAGCAGCCUUCCAUGCAAGCUUUCAGGAUCGUCAUCUUUGAGCAGGAGAAUUUCCAGGGCAGGAAGAUGGAGUUCACAAACGAGUGCCUUAACCUAGGCGACCGUGGGUUCGACCGGGUGCGCAGCGUCAUUGUCAGCACUGGACCCUGGGUGGCCUUCGAGCAGUCCAACCUGCGCGGAGAGAUGUUCAUCUUGGAGCAGGGCGAGUAUCCUCGCUGGGAUACCUGGUCCAGCAGCUACAGGAGCGACUGCUUCAGGUCCAUGCGUCCCAUCAAGAUGGCGGCUGACGGCUAUAAAAUCUCCCUCUUUGAAUCUGCUGACUUCAAGGGCAACAAGAUGGAAAUCCAGGAAGAUGACGUGCCCAGCCUCUGGGCUCACGGCUUCUGUGACCGGGUGGGAAGUGUGAAAGUGUCCAGUGGAACCUGGGUUGGAUACCAGUAUCCUGGCUACCGAGGCUACCAGUAUCUCUUUGAGAGAGGAGACUUCAGACACUGGAAUGAAUGGUCGGCCUUCCAGCCCCAGGUCCAGUCUAUCCGUCGCAUCAGGGACAUGCAGUGGGAUCGGAAAGGUUGCUUCACCGCUCCUGAUGCUCCUUCGAAGUGAGCGUGCUCCCUGCUAGCUAGCAAUCCUGGGCCACGUAGCACCUCGACACCCCUGCUACUUUCUGUGAACAGCCCCCAUCUCGCCUCUC